AUGGACCAAGAUACUGAAAACUACAUCAGCAGUGGUGAAGAGACGGAAGAUGCGAGUGAAACUGAGAUGUGGUCGAUUAAAUGGCAUCAUGCGGAGCAAAGUUAUCAGGAAAACCGAGACGAUUUGCUUCAUCAGUUGGAACUUGCGAAGCAACGCAAACAUCCGGAGUUUUUUAAGAUUUUACAAAAACUCCAAACCGAGCUCGAUGAUCGUUUGCUGCUGAAUGAAAUAGAACGAGAUUUUGCGCUAGCCAGCGCCAAUCGUGACUGCUUGCGUGAGAAAGCCGCUGCGGAGGAAGAAUUCGCCCAGCAGAAAGCGAAUCUGAUCGCAACCGCGAUUUCUGAUUUAGAGCAGGAAAAGAAGAUGCUCCGACAUGAGGUCGAUGCGAUGGAGCUGACCGGGAAUGCUAAGAAUACGGAGUCACCAACGGCAACACGGCAACUGCGUCCACGACUUUGCGAUUCUGUUCCGAUGCCUCAACCGGUCAAAAUAAGCUAUCUGUUAAGCAAGGAAGAUAUUGAACAUGAUCUGCAACUCAUCCGAUCUGGUAUAGAAGCUAGUGUUCAUCAAGGAGAAGGGAGGGCGCUCGAUGAGUGA